AUGAAAACGUUACUCACAUUUUUUUUUGUUUUAAAUUUACCCAGAACAAGUACGAUGAAAUUACCAGCAACAGGGGAAGUUUUUAAUAUUCACAAAAAGCCUUUGCUAUACGAGUGUGUUUGUGAACACGUUGAUGCUGUAAACGAGUUUUCUUUGAAUGCCUUAAGUCUUAUUUUAAAAUUUUUAAUAUAUUUUUUUAAUCUGCAUUUUCGUGAGGGUGAAGAGAAAGGGUUGAAGAAGCCAACAAAGAUAAUUGUUACUCAUCGAAGUAUACACUCAAAGAUGAGAUUUCUAAGAAGAAAUUCUAAACAACAAAACGUCCAAAGUUCAAAUGAUUCAAAAGCUUUAAUCAAAGGAAUCAACAACAAGUCUCCUCGGUAUAAGAAUUUCAAUGUAAACAAACAAUGUAAACAAACAGAUUUUCAGUAA